GCCAAGGAACUCAGGGGAGUAGCUUUCUCGACAACUUGGAGAUCCCGUGGACAAACUUUGCUCUUUUUAUUUACUGUCCAACAAGAAGGCAAAACACACCGACAAGCCGCUUUCUGACCUCGACAGGGAUCAGGAAGUAUACAAUCGGAUCCGAUGCACCCGGCCCCCCGCAUGAACCGCAACACCUGCAGCUGCGAGAUCUGACCGCAUGUCAUCUCAUCACCAUCGCUAUAUGCCGGCACCCGCCGGUCAAGAGCGCUCAGACGACAGCUCCACUCCAAGAUGACAUCCACACAAGUGGUUCACUUGCAAACCUGCGAGAGAAUGCACAAACAUUGAAGAUGCAUAUGCGGCCAGCAGAUGGCCUGGGAUCAUGACAGCUCCUAUCAACGUCGCGAUGUCAUCAGUCGCAGCUUCUCGAUAUUCACUCUGUCAGGGCGAAGAUAUCGAUACCAGUGACAGGCCUGGGCUGUCACCUAUGCAUAGCAAUAGAUGGGAUGUCUAGGUCAACCACACCUGGCCAUCCCAUCUAUCGACCACCACCCCAUUGAUCUCAUUCAUACAGCAGCGGCUCGAACCCCAGCAUUAAUAGGCUUCCCCGUUCAUCAAGCUUCCAGAAGCUUUCGAGGCUUCGGAUGCCGGUCAGAGCCUGACCACAAGAAGGCUGGUUCAGUGCCAUCCAAGGCUCCCACUGGCUGCUCCGACCACGAAUCUGUGGUACCAGAUCACUGUGGCUCCGCGAUCGCCCUCACACAUCAUGCCUUGGCUACCCAGCUUCAGUUGCACGUCGUUCUUGAGCUUCGGUCGACAGCUUGGCGUCAUUUCGGAUCAAGGAAGCAGUCUCUUCCCAUCUUUUUCUAUCGUUCUGAGAUCAACACCUGAUGCGGAGUGCAGAGUGCAAGGCACCAUCGCGACGGUUCCGCUACCGUGGGAAACACCUAUCCUCCACGCCAUAUCCCCCACACUCCCCGGAAUGUUCCUAUUUUCUCUUUCGCCCUAUCUCAUCAAGUCGAUCUAUCUCGUUCUCCCCACACGAGGCUUGAUGUCCGUUCAUUGCGUUUCUUUCUGACCACAGUCGAUAUUUAUCCAGGCCGGCACUGACCAGCAAGGCUUCCACUCUUUUUCAUUUCCUUCUAGCUUCUAGGAGCUUCACCUCUUCAGCACAAGGUACUCGGGCCCAUAAUGCCAUAUGUUGAUGUUGAAAACCUUGGGCAGCCUCGUCCUGGGACUCACAACUGCGGCGCUUGGGAAUACUCAACGGCUCUCAGGUCCCUCAUCUGAGCUAGUUCUUGGUGAUAUACGAAUAAAAGCACACAGUUUGGUAGAUGGCGAGACAAAGCAUCAAAGAGCUAUGGGGAGAAUUGGGCAAUUGGGAGACAGUUACACGAGGCCAACGGAUAUUUGUAGGUCCCUCAGCGAGAAAACUACAGAAUCUUCAUCAAGACGACCAAGGAGAAGGAGACAAAACACAAAAGAUACAACAGGUGAUGCAGAUUCGACACGGGCUGUGUGUCAAGGCAAAAAUGGCACAACAAUCGACUGCCUGGAAGAGAUUGGAUGCUGCAUGUUGCCGACUGGAGAAGCAGCAUGCUGUUCAGCGGCCGGUGUCACAUGUGACGAGAGUGACUGUGUUCAGACAACUGCUUCGAUACCGCUGCCGGCAGCAUCCAGUUUGGCCAUUAUCACCGUCACACAAACCAUCACCAGCACGGUCACCUCCUUUGCAGAGACCAGACUUGCUAUUAUUACCAGCACCCAGCUUCUCACUUUUAUUAAUCCAACACAGCGUACAGCUACUUCGACGGUUACUGUAACGUCUUUCGUAAGGAGGGCAAAACGAACCUUUGGAAGCCUUGUUGAGAUUACGCCGGUUCAAACGCGUCUUGUCCUGGCGCCCACUAGCAGUCCGGAACCCCGUACAACCCCAAUACCGAGUAGAGAGUAUAUGGGAGUCAGAGCUGCGGUCGGGAAACGGCAAGAGGCAACGCUCACUUCCACGGUCGUGAUCAGAACGACGGUCUUUGUUCCUGGUGUCACGACAAGAACACUUACCAAUAUCGUUUUCUCAACCACGCUGGCGGCUCCCAACGCAGCUACCACAGUCUUCGUCACCACAACCGUCUUUAGACCUUUGUCCUCGAGCACAACGACCGUACCGGAGGCUACAGUACCGAUGGACCAGUCCCCAAUAGGACCCACACCCUCCUCAACGACCGGUUCCGAGUCAGCUACUUCUCUCACACCAACAGACUCAACAGAGACCACACACCCAAUUGAGCCCACGGAACCACUCCCCACCGAUUCUCCGGCUCUAAGUUCAGCCACCCCCUCUUCACCGGCGCCAACCACUUUGGCAUCUUUUACUGAUGUCACCACCACCACCACCAUCACAACCUUCCCGUCAUCAGAAACCACCACCACUUCCGUGAUGGAACCAACAGGAAUGGAAACAAUGUCCCUCUCCCCAACUCCCACAGCGGGCCCCAACACCCCCCUCACACCCCAACAACCAACCCUCACCCCCGCCCAAAUAGCCGCUCUAGUCCUAGGCAUCAUCCUCGCCCUCUUGCUAUUCAUAGCCCUCGCGUUCAUCCUCCGCCGUCUGGUCAUCAAAAGAAGACAAGCCCAAGCAAAGAUCCGGCAGCAUCUCUCCCCUUCCCCUCCGCCCCUCAUGUCUGGCGGGGGGCCAUCAGCACCAGCACCCACAGUCCCAACCGGCCCCUCCUCCAACAGCUCCUACAGCGGGUUGGCAGGCGAAGGGGAAGUCAGAAUCGUCAUCCGCCCCGCACCCAAAAGAAGAACGCAAUCGAGUGGGAUUGGGUAUGGGCAGGGGAUGGUGUGGCCUUUGCCGCCUGGGAGAUUGUCCGCUCAGUCAGGGGAAGGGGGGGGGGAGUAUUCUAUUUUUGUGGAUUCCCCUUCGGAAAGGGGAAGGGAGAAGGAGAGGGAGUGGAGUAUUGCUUCUGAGAGGGGGAGUUUGGGGGAUGAUAAUGGGCAGCAAAGGGGGGGGAGUAUGUUGAGUGGGGCUGCUAGUUCGGGUGGGUUUAGGGGGGAUGAGAGUGGGAAUGGGGGGAGUAGCAAUGAUAGUCCUGAGUCGAAGAAGAGUGGGCAGAGUGGAAAUGGAGGAGGCCGAGGGGCCACGCUGGGGAAGAAGGGAAGCUUUGGGGUGGGAAAAGCUUGGUGA